AUGGCCCCCUUUAGGGAUUCUCUACCAUGUGCAUAUUCCUCAGAGCAGGUGGUCGCAUGGCUCAAGUAUAUAUCUCUUCCAAAAUCAUACCACCAGUACUUGGAUGAUCCGACGUCGGUUCCUAAAACAUUCGAGUCCCUACGCACUCUAUUCAGAUGCCAGAUCACCACAUUUCCAUAUGAGAACCUCUCCGUCCAUUACUCCCCUACGCACCUGGUCAAUAUCCGUCCUGAUGUCCUGUACACCAAGAUGCUGGGGCCACACGAGGGUGGAAGGGAAGGCAGAGGUGGAUAUUGCAUGGAGCUCAGUAUACUCUUCCACCAUAUGCUCCGGGGGGUAGGGUUUAAUGUCUUUAUGACUGGGAUCAGGAACAGAACUAGAACGGAGGGUGUUCCUAGUGGAGAGUACCAGGGAUGGCAAGUCUGCACAUCCCAUUUCUACCCUUUAAUAUUGGGGGUUCGGUUCUUAUACUGUUCCUCCCGGGCUAUAGCUGAAGGACCCCAACCUGAAUUCAUGCUAGAACGAAGAGUAAUGCUAACCUACAAUAGGACACACAUCAACAACAUCGUACAUCUACCAUCUGGCGAGAAGUUCUCCGUCGACGUUGCGUUUGGCGGAGAUGGCCCAACAAGUCCUAUGCGAAUGGUAUCUGGUUAUGCCAUACAAAACCUCGGACCUCAAGAAGUUCGGCUAGUAAACGACCACAUACCUAAACAGCGGCUCACGGAGCCUAAACUCUGGAUAUACCAGUACCGAAACGGGCCCGAUAAAGAGUGGGAUUCGUUCUAUAGCUUUGCUGAGAUCGAGUUCUUCCAGGAGGACUUUGAGGUACAGAAUUGGUGGACAAGUGCGAAGACCCUUCAUCGGUGGACUGUCCUUGUAGUGCGAUUUUUGCGAGACGGCGAACCGGUCAAAUUUGAUGGGAGGAAAGACAUGACGCCGUCAGAGCCAGGCUUCAAAGUGGCUGGAAAGGUCAUGAUGGUCAACGACGUGGUAAAACUCAAUAUGGGCGGGAAGACGAGUGUUAUUCACUCGUUUAAUAGCGAAGAGGGAAGACUGAAGGCCCUCUGGGAUUACUUUGGUAUUAAAUUGACGGAGGGGGAAAUCGGGUGCAUUAAAGGGUGGGAUAUGGCGCUCGAAUAG